UCUCUCUCUCUCUCUCUCUCUCUCUAGAUUCUACAGACAUUACCGUAAAACAGAGAUGAAAAGAAACUGUAAUCUGGAUCUUCGCCUUGUCACGCCUUCGCUGCCGCCACCCUCCAUGAUAAACUGGAAUAAUCGAAACGACACGCAGGAGCUGACUAUCUUUUACAAUGGAAGAGUUGCUGUUUGUGAUGCUACUGAACUUCAGGCAAGAGCAAUAAUAUGGGUAGCGAGCCAUGCAGUAGUUGAAGAUAAAACGAACGGGUCGCCUGGAUCCGACCCGGUUUCAUCAUCACCAUUGUUAUCUCCCUCAAUGUACAGUCCAAGCUCUGUUGUUUCAAUGAAGAGAUCACUGAAAAUGUUUCUCCAGAAGAGAAAGACUCGGUCUCAGGCCUCGUCACCUUACCCUGUUAUUACCACCAAAUAUUCCAGUCAGAACUGGCGACCAACCUAAAAUCGAUAUACAUACAUUUUAUGUGUGUGUGUGUGUGUGUGUGUGUGUGAAUUAUAUAAAUAAUGUUCAAUGAAUCACGUUUUAUUGAAUUGUUUGUUAUUUUUUUCCCCAUAUGUGUAUGUUGUUUAAUCACAUUUUAUUGAAUUGAUUUUUCGGCAGAUUUUAUAAUCA